AUGGACUCACUCACUACUCACCCUCAGACUGCUGUCCAAGCUAAGGCCUUUGUCGCUCCGACUUCUCUGUCCUUUCCGGGAGGAGCUGCCCAGCACGAGCUCACUCCGCCAUCCUCUGAGAAGAACGUUUCUCAGGAUGCCAGCGCUGUGAACGGUGUCCAGACCCCAGCUCCGACCCCAGACACCCAGAACUCUGCUAGUGGCAUUAUCCCUACCCUGCAAAACAUCGUUGCCACUGUCAAUCUCUCCGCGAGACUGGACCUGAAGACGAUCGCUCUCCACGCACGAAACGCUGAGUACAACCCCAAGCGGUUUGCUGCCGUCAUCAUGCGUAUUCGUGAGCCGAAGACCACCGCUCUGGUCUUCGCCAGCGGCAAGAUGGUGGUCACUGGUGCCAAGUCUGAGGAUGAUUCCCGCCUUGCCUCGCGCAAGUAUGCUCGCAUCAUCCAGAAGCUCGGCUUCAACGCCAAGUUCACCGAUUUCAAGAUUCAGAACAUUGUCGGCAGUUGCGACAUCCGCUUCCCCAUUCGCUUGGAGGGACUCGCGAACCGUCAUCACAAUUUCUCGUCCUACGAACCCGAGCUGUUCCCUGGCCUGAUCUACCGCAUGAUGAAGCCCAAGAUCGUCCUCCUGAUCUUCGUUUCCGGCAAGAUCGUCUUGACUGGCGCCAAAGUUCGUGAGGAGAUCUACCAGGCCUUCGAGCUCAUCUACCCGGUGCUGUCGGAUUUCCGCAAGCCUUGA